GGGCACCAGCAGAGCCUGGGACAGACAGUCUGGCCCAAACCUUGACUUCUGCGUGCCAGGACUGCAAGCGUGUGACACCAGCAAGGGGGAGCAGCUCCUGGUCUUCAGCUGUCCCGGGAAUGGCCACAGGGACAGACAGCAACUGCCCCAUCUGCCAGGAGACUUGGGAUGACAUGGCUUCAGCUCUGCCCUGUCGCCACCAGUUCUGCCUGGGCUGCAUUCUGCGGUGGGCCACAACGAACCCCUCGUGCCCACUCUGCAGAACACUGAUAGAGACCGUCAGGUUUUCUGAGCGGGGCGAACAGGACUACGUACAGUUUGUCAUCACCUCCCCUGCCGAGCCAGCAGAGACCAGCAGCCAGCCAGGGAGAGCUCCCCAUCACCUGGACCAGAACAGCCUCCAUGGCCCUGUGGUGUCCUCGGCACCUUCUGCACAGGGGACGCUGAUCCCAGCUGAGCAGAGGCCUCCGGAGCCGGAGCCUGUGGGUGGCCUCCUGCCCGAGGUGUGGGCAGGACUGUUCCGACAGCGACAGCACCUGCUGGAGCCCGUGCGGCCCUGGCUGCGCCGCAGGCUGCAGGGAAUAUUCCGGGACCGCUGGUGGCUGGCAGAGGUUGCGGAGAGCUCCAUCCUGCGCGAGCUCUGCCUCCACGGCCCGGAUGCGGCGAUCCUGGUCCUGAGGCUGCAGCACUACCUGGAGGAGCGCACGGCGCCGCUGGUUCGCGGCCUCGUCGGCGUCAUCGCGGGCCGCUGCAGCAAGGAGGCCAAGCGGCGGCUGCGCUCCCGGGACACCGAGGACGACAGCGGCUCCAGCAGCUCCAGCUGCACCGCCUCCCGGGACAGGACUCCUGACCGCGGCCCCGCAGGCUCCGCCGUGCAGGAGGAAGCUGGAACAUCGCAGAGCAGCCUGCAGGAGAGCCACAGCUGCGCCCGCCCUGUGCCCAGCCCCGCAGAGCGGGAGCGGCCCCGGAGGAGCCGGCGGGGGACAGGUCCCUGUGCCCGGGGCUGCGUCUGCAGCUCCCCCCAUCCCGGGCAGGGCACGGACCCCUGGCCCUUUUAAACUCUGCAGUGCCUGGUUAUUUUCUUAUAUUACACUGCAACUCUGGAACUGCAGGGAGUUGUGAUAAGGAGGGCAUUGCAGAUCUGUAUGGGAAUACUUCCCUUGUCUGCCGACUGAAAAACAAUUGCUGUAACUGAACCGAAAGUCUGAUUGGUAAAAUCUAUUUCGAACGAUGCAUUUAAUAAAGUUAUUCGUAAAGC